GGAGAAGAUUGAUUACUAUAGUGUUGGAUAGUUCUGGCUUCCAGCAGAUGUUUGGCUUCACAUUUGACAAUCUUGAGGGUGUAAUAAGGCAGAUCAAACCUUUUCUUUCAGUGAUGUAAAAUGGAAACGGGCAGUUUGUCAGAGCAGGGUGAUAAUUUGUGUAUCACAAAGCAGGUUACUGUGAUGACUGGCCAGGAAAUCGUUAAAGCUCCAUCAAUGAAAGUGGAUGUUCCAUCCAAAGCAGCGGGUGAUGCAGAACCUCAAAGAAUUGUUCUCCCAACAGCAGUAGUGGGUGAGGAAAAUAGUGAAGGCAGUGCUUCUACUGAGGCGCCGAAAAUCCUCAAAAAUUGUGUGCAGGAGAACCAUAGGUCUACUGAACAAACUGGAGUAAUGCCAGUGAAUGAAAUACAAGCAGAUCGGCUACAUCUUCAAGCACAACCGACUGUGCCCAUCUCAGUACCAGCAGCAUCUCAGAUUCUGACUUCAGAAAACCUGCCGACAGUGGUAAUGGCUUCAACAGGAAGUGUCCCAUUAAACCAGUCUCUUCUCAUUCCGCUCAACAUGACAAGUCCAGUAAAUGCACAACAGGGUCUUGUGUUUACUAUUCCCACAGCACCUCUUGCUUCUCUCCCAGGACUCACUUCUGCCACUGGUGGAGGAGGCAUUCUCAGGCUUCCUCUGCCCAACUCACAGGCUGCUUCAUUGUUGAAUACCACACUUCAGCCUACACAGCUUCAACAGACCCUCCAGCCUCAGGCCACUCUACAGCCCCUUCCUACAUCGACUGUACCUCUGAAACAGCCAGAACCACAAGCUCAGAUCACUUCCAUCAACACAGUUCAAGGCCUGACAUUAAAUCAAACAAUACUCAAUAGUCAAGCUCCACUUGUUGGCUCUUUGACUGCCACACCAGUUAUUGCAAACGCCAUGCCUGGUUUACAGGGAAUUAUGAGUCCACUCAUAACUAAUGCGCAAGGACAGGUCAUAGGAACCCUGCCCUUAGUCAUGAACCCAGUCACAAUAUCAACAAGCAAUACAGUGACAGCAAUACCAACACAGAGUCUUCAAGUGCAAGCAGUUACACCACAGAUGCUGUUGAAUGCACAAGGUCAAGUCAUUGCAACUGUGAUCAGCAACCAGUUUGUGCCAGUUCUGAGCCGGCAAGGAGGUCCACUCUCUCCUGUAAAGACAUUACAGCAGGUACAAGCUUUGCAGGCAAUAACUACUGUCACACCACCCAACGUGACACCAACCACAUCCGCUGCACAGACUGAACCCCCAGUUACGUCAAGCAACACUCCUUCCAGUGCUAGUGUUGGACAACUGGUCAACAAGCCUCAAAAUGCACCCACUGAGAUUGAUGGAAUAAAUCUAGAAGAAAUACGUGAAUUUGCCAAGAAUUUUAAGAUCCGUCGACUAUCUCUUGGGCUGACACAGACACAGGUUGGACAGGCACUAAGUGCAGCGGAGGGGCCAGCCUACAGCCAGUCAGCCAUUUGCAGGUUUGAGAAAUUGGAUAUCACUCCUAAAAGUGCACAGAAGAUCAAGCCAGUGCUUGAAAGAUGGCUAACAGAAGCAGAGGUGCGGCAUCGUGCUGGCAUACAAAACCUCACCGAGUUUGUUGGUAGUGAACCUUCAAAGAAACGUAAGCGGCGCACAUCUUUCACACCACAGGCCCUGGAAAUCCUAAACAUCCAUUUUGAGAAGAACACCCACCCCACUGGUCAGGAAAUGACAGAGAUAGCUGAGCAGCUGAAUUAUGACCGAGAGGUGGUUAGAGUGUGGUUCUGCAACAAGCGCCAGACUUUAAAGAACACCAUCAAGAGAUUGCAGCAGAAUGACUCAACGGAAUCAGGUUCAGCCGAACGAUUAUCAGACUCCAAAGUAAACGUUGCUGGAACGGGCUGAUGUGCAGAAGAUUCUUUCAGAAAAGAAGCAGUGAGAAAUUGGAUGAGGAAAUUGCUGCAGAGAAAGAGAGAUGCUUGAAAGUGAUUCCAACAUCACACUAAAUGAAGCUUCAACCUUGAAAUGGUAGCCAUCUGUCUAGUAGUUUUUUAACCUAUGCUGUGAAAUUCAUGAAGGGUUCUGUUCUGUUUAUUUUAAUAUAUUAAAAUUUAAAAUCUUUUAAUAUAUAUAUUAAAUCCAAUAAUUAAAACAAAAUCUCUGUUCCUAUGGUGACAAUAGGCAAGAGAUUUUGGGGAAAAAAACUGCUGAAUUAUGUUAAACAAUUCUAUCAAUGAAUUUAAUAGAAUUCUUACUUUCAUCUCUAUUGAAAAUAUUUUACUGCAUAAUUUUCAAAUAUAUUUACAAAUGAAUUUGGUGGCAUAUAGGUCAACCAGAGCUAUUAUGGGGUUUAUUUAUAAAAAUAUUUCAGUAAACCAACUGGAGGAUUUGAAGUUUUUAAUCCUUUUUCAGCUCAUUGUACUCCUAGAACAGCUUGUAAUUAUUCUGUCAUAAGAGGUGUUGCCAGUCUGUUGAAAGAGAGUCAGAAUUGUUAUUGGCCCAAAGUGAAAGGAGUUAUGAUUAAAGGAAACAUAGUAGUUAGCAUGUCAUCAAAGGGAAUGCAGAAGUUAAAAAAUGUAUCAUGGAGGGAUGUGACCUGGAGUGAGAAUGAUGUGGAAGGAACGUGAUUAGUAUGCCAUUGAGCUGAUGGGGACUGUGGUGACUAUAAGAGGUAGAAUGUACUGAUUGGUUGAUUUGUCACAAUUAGAAAACUUUUAUGAGAUGGUGGUCAAGAUGAGGAGGGGGAAUUGUAAAUGGUCACUGGCAUCUCAGUCUCUUUCAGGAACAUUAUGCAGACAUGGUGAACUGACGUGGCCUCUUUCUCUGCUGUAAAAUUCUAUAGAGCAGAUCUGACUGUGAUGUAAGUUAGCAGACUGAUUGAUACCUUUGUUAUGUAUGAAGUGGGAGAAGGGAAUCAGCAAAGAAUGGUUAUAAAAAAAAGCAGCAUGCAUUUAUGUGAGCUGCAGAAAAUUGAGAAAGAGGAUGUGAAAGUAUGAGCUGUUGCUUGGAGAUUAUAAAAGUAUAAUUGUAUCAAGUACCAGGAUGGGGAUAGACGAUCAAAUUUACAUUUGAUCAUCUGAAAUGAACACCCAUUCGUGUUUUAAGAAAAUUAUGAAAAUUAUCUCUGUGAUGUUUUACAUAUAGAUUCAUCGCGCGAUGUGAGGCUAGUAUUAAUCUGGGAUGGUGGGACAAACCAGUUCCUUUACAGGUCAGUCAUAUAGAUGCUACUUAUGAUCAUUAUUGGAAGCCUGCCAUUUAUAUUCAUGGUGGAGUCUGACUCAGUCAAUCAGUAGCAAAGCUAUGAGUGACUUUAUAUAUACCUUACUAAUGAAGUAUAAGUAAUAGUUAGUAUGUCUAUUCUAUUUGUAUUACAAGUGUAAAGAAAUUCUUAACUAAUCAGAAAUGUGUUUUCAAUAUUUCACUAUAGUUUAUGUUUAUUACUGCUAUGAUGAAGAUACAUUGCUGGACAUUUGUUGUGAUUUCAAAGAAAACAGAAUUUUAUUGGAAAUCCUUACUCAUAGCAUAGCCUUAGCCUUGGGAGAAAGAGGGUGAAAUGACAGUUUGGAUGGACUUGCUUUGAACAGUGUCAUGAAUGAAUGAAAUGAUCUGCUCAAAGAGGCAGUAGGAACAGAUUGUAUUAACAGGCUCAAAAGAGUUGGAUAAAUAUCUGGAAAAAUUAAUUAAUUGGAGAUACGACAGGUAUGGUGAAAUAUGAUCAUUAGUAGGAACUGAGAAUCAUCGUGUUUACCGGAGUGAACAUUUCUGUUGCUGUACAAAAGAAUGAAUAAAGUAUUAUUGGUUUUCUGUAACAUCGAGAUGGAAAAUACAGAUAAAUCAGCAUCAUACAUAAUUUUGUUCCAUCUGUUUCAAAAGCUCCUAUGAUCAGAUCAUAUAGCCUCCUAGCAUUUAUACAUAUUUAUAAAUCUCUGUGUAAUACACAUACAAAUACAUACACAUGAAUAAAGUGUAGCUCAAAACGGUUUGCUCACACGUUGAAGACUCUGUGAUUUAGAUAUUCAUAGUGCCUCAUUUUCAUUGAAGCUCAGUUGCUUCAAAACAUGUGGAUUUGCUUUACCAAUUUUGAAAGGUUUCAGAAAUCAUGACAUUUUGUGUGAAAAUCUGUGUCAUUUCCUGCUGGGGCUGGGGGAGGAGGAAAGUGCUGCCAUCUUUCUAAGUAACAGUAAACUACAGCACCAUUUAUGUUUUCCUUAAUAUAGAACUGAUCCUUUACAAAGCAUCUUUUCACAACACUGCAAAGUGGCAGGCACUGGCAUUAGAUUUCUCAAGCACAAACACUACAGAGGAAAAUAAUACACCUCCAACUCACAGAAAACCCCAUCAUGUAAACUGUAGGGUUUGUUUGAUACUACAUCUCAUCCACCUAAACUCACAGCUGGCUGGUGUGAAGGUAUGAUGACAAUCUCCUUCAGCUUUCAGGAUUCCUCAAUGAUCAUAUUUCACUGUACCCAAUGUGACCUAACUGAAAACCAUGUCUGUUGAGUCCAUAUUAUCAAUAGAACUGUGAAGCUUUUAAAAUAAUAUUUUAACCGAUUUCAAUAAAGCAAUGCAGUCAUCGGCAUUAGGUUUGGUAUGUGUUUGGAAAAUUAGGGUCUUUAUCCCACUCCAUCCCCCAUACCAUUUUUGUUUUGUUUCUUUGAAAAUGUGUAUACUUCAAUAUAUAUUGGAAAUAAGCUGGAAUGACAGAUUAUUUUUUAAAGUUGACUUCUUGACCUGAAAGGGUGAAAUAAGCUAAACCUCUUUAUUACUAAUCAUAGUGAUUUUUCUUUGCUGAGUUUUAAUUCUAAAGAUUGAUUUCUUUGACUAUUAAUUUCAAUAGCACAAUAUUCAAUGAGGUCUGCAAACAAAUUAUAUACAAUUGUUAAAUC